AUGGCGUCUGCAUCGCCCUCCCCAGAUGCUCUCCUCCACUUGGCGACCCUGCAUAUCCUCUCGACCGCCGGCUUCCCGUCCACCUCCCGAGCUGCCUCGCUCACUCUCUCGUCCAUCGCGGCCAAGUACCUCCGGACAGUCGCGCAGGCAUGCACUGAGCAGGCCGCUCUGGCGGGUAGGAGCAAGGUCGGUGCUGGGGAUGUCGUCGAGGUACUAGGGGAGCUAGGUCAGGGAGUUGGAGAAUUGGAAGGAUGGUGGUUGAGCAGGAAAGAAGAGGCGUCGUUUGCUGGUGGAUUCGAGGAUCUGGGCGAACAGCUUAGUCAGGGCAUGGAGCUGCCGGAUGCGCUGGCGGAGCUCAAGCUGGUCCGGAAUUCGGAUCUUCCCCUAGGCAUGGAGGAAUCAGAUGAUGAAUCCACGGAGGAAGAAGAUGAGUCGAUGGAGGUGGACCAGGGCGAGGAGGAUGAAGUCAAACCCCAUAUCGACUUCGACUCAUCAUCCGGGCCACGAUAUACCUAUGUUCGUCCACCGUCACCCGACUUCUCGUGGCUACCGCCUUUACCUGGCAACUCAGCACCCUCGGGAGUCCUCCGUCAGACUCUCGACCCGGCGGACACAUUACCCAGCAACGUACAUGGCGCCGAAGCCGCCGCUGUGCCACAAGAUAAGCUGUCUCUCAUGGACAAAUAUCUCACUCGCCAACCUUUCACAUCCUCCAGUCUCGCCUCCUCCAACUUUAUCGAGCCCCCUCCACACCCGUCCCCCGCCUCCAUCCCACCUCCCUCGUCCUCCUUCCCCGCCCUCCUCGCUACCUACAAGGCGAUCGCUGCCGAGCCUUCCGUCUCCUUCGCUCAAACGCCCCUGCGUAUGCAGGCCGCAGAUCUGCUCCGGCGGGUCAUAGCCCCCCCAGACAUAUUCGGCGUAUCCGACACCCAUUCCGGACCCAUCCCUUCCCCUGCGGGGCUCAUCAUUUCCGCUUCCGCCUCGGACACCCUCCCUCCACCCACCGUCCAAGUCAACCCCAACCCGACCGGUAUCCUUGCCCGCCUCGUAAGAGAGAUGCGGUCCCCGUAUCUUCCACCUACACUACGAGAUAGGCUCAUAUCCCUCCGCCCACCCCUGGCGCUCAACGACGAAGACGGCAAGCCGAUAUAUUACGGCGAUCCCGUGCGUGGCCCAGACGCCGGGAUGCUCAAUAAGGCUCGGGGGAAACCGCCAGCCGGGGACGGGGCGGAGGGUGACGGGAAGGACCAAGAGGCGUAUUAUCGGUAUACGUGGGAUGUGGGACCGAGGGGGCCGGAAAAGUACAAGGGGAAACUACCAUCGGGAAAGAAGGUGGUCAAAAGUGCAGUAGGGGAGGAUGUGCCGAGAGGGAGCGAGGCGGAGAAGAAGCAGGGAGGCGUGACGGGGAUCAAACUCAGGUUGGAUCGAAGUCCGUCUUUCAUCCCUCCUCCGGCUUGGCCGGGCGCCCAGGCGCAGGCGCAAGGACACGGACAAGGGAUGGAGUGGGAACAGUCCCCAGGUGCUGGUCCUUCCCAUGCCCUUCCUUCAGUCGAAGGAGUGGAGAAACGCCCAGGAUCUAUCAGUCUCCGUAUACCUUCGCAAACCCCUCCAACCAUGGGCCGGACAGACGGUCUCUCCCCAACUCCUCCUAUAUCCACACCCCGGAUCCGCCUCUCUCCCUCCUUCGCCGGUCUACCCCCACGUACCGACACACCCCAUUCCAAUCCCACCCACCCCGCUUCUACACCGGAUACGAACCAUUCGCAUCCGUCUCCCGCGUCCGGAUCGAGCGCGCGGAGUAUCAAGAUAACGGGCUGGCAGCCGCCGCCGAGUUCAAAGGUCGUGGUAGGGUGGCAGCCGCCGCCUGAGGGGUCGGUGUCGGGUCAGCUACCGGAGGCAGGCGCGGCUCCACCGUCGGUUUUCGCGCCUCCGGAGGGGGAGGGGUGGAGCUCAGCUGGACCGAGUGCCGCUGUGGCACCUAUGGCGGGUGGGGGUAUCAAGAUUCGAUUUGGGGGACCGAAAAAGAAGGACACUGAAGCAGAAAAGUAG